CAUUUGACGAAUGUACACACACAAAGCCCUCCAGCUUUUGUUCCGUCUCCAGUCAGCAAUUUAAACACUAUCAGGAACACGGCCCUCGUGACCCGCUCCGCCGAUUAAUUCCGGUCGUUAACUCCGACGGUCCCCGAAAUAUGACUGGAACAAGUUGUGUGUUGCAAACAUUAAUAUAGAUUAUCCGAACGUGUCACGGACGGGGUAUUUGCACUUGAUGUGCGCCCCAUCCGCCCCCGUAUUUUUGUCCAGGCACAGACACGUGGGUCGGGGUGGUUUUAAUUAAUCCUCCGGACCGGUAUGACUGAACGUUGAGGAAGUGGACGCGAAGAUGGAACGUUUAAUCGUUUCGUUCGGACGAACUAAUAAAUUGUAUCGGGAUUGGCACGGUUCCCGUUAUCGUUAAAGGUCGCCGGUCACGUUGAUAACGGCGCAAAAAAAAAAUCGUUUCAUUCACUCCGCGAUGAGUGUGGCGGUCGUGUGUUUGUUGUUGGUCCACUUUGCGGUCGGUUUGGACGACUGCAACGACUUUUAUUUCAAAAAUGCCGAGAAGUCGUACGAAAGGUGUCGCGGGUACCAGGAGCGGGACGUCAUGAAGGAGGAACAGGACGUCAUGAUAUGGUACUUGAAGGUGACCGGUAAAGAUGUCAAGCAUUUGUGUAAGGGCUCUCUCGGGACGACCGUUUUGGACGCCGACCUGUCCAACAUUGGGGCGUCGUACCUGGAGGAGAGGUGGUUAAAAAAUAGCACUGUAAAAGUACUAAAUUUAACCGGCAACAGUUUGGUGAUCCUACAGAGAAACGCCUUCGACAACAUGCCCCACUUGGAAGCCAUUUACCUGGACGACAACAAACUGGCGGUCUGGGAGAGUGACUGGUUCAAAAACUGUCCAAUGCUCCACCUAAUUUCAGUUAACAACAACUACAUUUCCGAACUACCCGAGAACGCAAUGCAAAAUGUACCCUACGAAGUCAAAAAGUAUCUCUGGAAACUUCUACCCAAGAUUUAUCUAAACAAUAAUAAUUUAAAGUACAUCCACGAUAAAGCCUUUUCCUGUUUAAAAUAUAUGUCAACCUUGAGUUUAAAGAACAACAAACUUUUUGAGAUCAGCAGCAAAACAUUCGGCGAUGUCGAUUAUCUGUUUACAUUGGAUGUCAGUGGCAACAAUUUUAUUUGCUUCUCUUCAAAUGCAAUGAAAAGUUUAACCAAUGUACGAUUAUUGAUUAUAAAAGAUAACGUGUUGAACGAGGACUGUAAAAAUAAUCUUAAAGUGUAUUUUGAACAGAAAAUGGAUGACUUGGACAUUUAAUUAAAUACUGAUUUCAACAAAA